AUGCCCUUAGUACCAUCGUCAUUGAACAGCUUGACGCGUGUUCUAGAAAAGCUCCCAGCGCCCAUCACGCAUACCCAGUUCGAGCAAGAGGCUUUGCAGUGGAACCUCAGCAUCAGAAACUACCUCGAAAACCACGCGGAUCUCCUCAUUGACCUGAGUAGGGCUCGCAGCCAAACCUUUCUCGCUGCCGAGCAGCUGAGCGUCCUGGCUGGACACGACGCGCCCUGGCAUCGUCUGCUACGCGACGAAACAAGCCGGUACAAUGCGUUGCGAAUGCUGAUCGCUCGUAUCAUCGCCAAUAAAGUCAAUCCCGAGACCGCUGCCGAGACAAGCCUGCUUCCAAAGGACGUCUUAACAACAUACCAAGACAUCGUGGCUGGGGGAAAGCAAAAUCCCAACGUGCCUCUUAUGCAGAAUAUCUGGCGUGCCAUGACAAUGAACCUGGUAUCUACAACGUACCAGACAUCCACCGCUGCCUCAUUAGCGACCGGCACCUUGUCUCGGUCCAUCCAGGAGACAACAAAGACGAUUCGCGACGCUCUUGAUCCGCUGCUCUUGCGUCACUCUGAGCCCGAGGCAGCAAGUGAGGCCCACUCGCUGGUGGACGUCGUCGCCAAAGGCACCCUAUUGGGGUUGCGCAUGUUUGAGCAGAGCAACCCCACGAGGUUCUUUUGGCAGCCUAGUGGCGAGUUGCGUGAUAGGUCCUCUGAGAAAACGUUGAUUGUGUUUCCCGGAAUUAAACAGCGGAGGAUACAACCGGGGUCAAAAGAUCCGGGGCACGAGUCUGUCAUUGUUCAGCCCGUUCGUGCCUAA